GCCACGAGGCUUUCCCAAGGGCUUGUCUGAAUACCCUCAAUCCCUCACUAUGCACUAUUCUGACUCCAAACCUGGCCAAGGUGGUCAUAGCAGGCCCAUGUGCACCUUGACGUCCAAACGGUGAAUACACAUGAAUAAACAAGGACAAACGACAAAAGACAAACGAGCACUUCCAUUGGUUUCGUCCGCAAGGAGGAAAAAAAAUUAAAUAAAUUUUUUUUUUUCCUGCUGGUCUCAUCCUUCAACAACGGGUACCACAGCCAACCCCGUCUCCAGGUCACUCUCACCCCGCGGCUACACAAAGGGAGAACAAUAAAUCAAGGUAUCUCCUUAGCUUUCACAGCUCAGCCCCAGUUGCAGACAGGCAGAAAUGGCUCGCAAACAGAAAGACCGCGGCCGCAAGCGCGAGGGGGCGCAGGCAGACGCGAAGGCGCAGGAGGGCAAACAACGCGGCCAAGAGCUCGAGAGGGAUGCCGUCAUCGUCAAGAUGGAGGAGCCGGACACCGACGCCAAGUACAGCCAGAACGAGGACCGCGACGAGAUCGACGACCUCCUCGACUACGUCCACGUCAAGUUGGAGGACCUCGAGCUCGAGGACGAGAAGAUGGAGAACCUCGCCGUCUCGGAGGCCGAGGAGAACAAGGGCGGCGCUCCUCUCAAUGCGAAGAAGAAGAAGAAGAAGAAGAAGAAGACGACGACGAAGAAGAGCACCCAAACAGCCGGAGCCAAGAGCGAGGCCGCCGCCCUGCCUGACACCAAGACGAACAUCGCCCCCACCGCCAAGGACGCCGCCGCCCCCAAGACCAAGAAGGAGGAGCGGGCCAAGGUCAAGGAGGACUUCCUCGCGAGAUGGAGCGAGUACUUUGACAAGAGAGAGCUCGCCGACUGGCAGCGCCUCUGCUCCGACCUCGGCCUCCCCGGCGACCUACCCAGCAAGACCCAGUGCCGCAAGGCCCUCGAGAAGGUCCACGUGAACAUCAUACAGUUCCUCGAAGCCAAGGAAAAAGGCGAAGCUGUCCGUUUCUUCAAGAACGUGCGCGAGCUCGCGCUGUACACCCGGAAGAGGCGCCUGUGGGUGCCCAUCAAUGAGAUGCCCAAGGAAGACCCUUCCCGCAAGCUUCUUCGCGAGAUUGGCAGGUACGUUUGAUGGAUCGAGAUAGAGAGACAGAGAGAGAGGGGGGGAGAGAGACCCAAUGAUACGGAACCGGGACAACACGGGUUUUUGCGCGGGUACGAUGGAACAUUUUGGCUGGAUU